CACGUCUAUCCCAAAGGGAAACUGACACAUCUAUCCCAAAGGGAAACUGACACGUCUAUUCAAAGGGAAAACUGUCACAUCUAUCCCAAAGGGAAAACUGACACAUCUAUCCAAGGGAAACUGACACAUCUAUCCCAAAGGGAAAACUGA